AUGGAAUCAACUCAUGUCAUAUCCAUUACCAAUAAUGAAAAAGAAAAUGUUGUUCAUAACAAAGAGAAGAACAACAACAAUAAAACAUUCCCAUUUUCUCCAUCAUUUCCAACCAUUAUUUCCCAUGUUAAAGAAAAAAAAUUCAACAUGUCUUUUGUUCCAAUCUUUCCUUCAUUCUCCCAUCUUAGUGAGCAAGAAACUAAGAACAUAAUUCAUAGCAUCAAAGUUGGAAUCUCGCUUGUUUUGGUUUCACUUCUGUACCUCUUGGAUCCUCUCUAUGAACAAGUUGGAGAAAAUGCAAUGUGGGCUAUCAUGACUGUUGUUGUCAUCUUUGAAUUCUCUGCAGGAGCUACACUUGGUAAGGGUUUAAACCGUGGAAUGGGAACUAUAGUAGGAGGUGGACUAGGUUGCAUAGCAGCAAUUUUGGCUCAAAAGCUCGGUGGGGUUGGCAACUCCAUUAUCAUUGGAAUUUGUAUAUUCAUCUUUGGAGCAAUUGCAACAUAUUUUAGAAUGAUUCCAAGGAUAAAGAGAAGAUAUGAAUAUGGGGUGAUGAUAUUCAUUCUGACAUUAAACCUUGUAUUGGUGUCUGUGGUGCGUGACGAACAACAAGUUUGGGAAAUAGCACGUGAUCGUCUCUUAACAAUUGUGAUUGGUUUCAUCAUUUGCAUUUCUGUGAGUUUCUUCUUAUUUCCUCUUUGGGCCAGCAAUGAAUUUCAUGAUUCCACUCACUCAAGCUUUCAACAUCUCGCCAAUGCAAUCCAAGGGUGUUUGGAGGAUUAUAUGAGAUUUGCUGACGAAAAAGAAAAUGAGGCCACCAAUACCAACUUCACUUUUUGCAAGACUUUGUUGAACUCCAAGUCAAAGGAUGAGUUAUUGGCAAAUUAUGCAAAGUGGGAGCCCUUGCAUGGAAAAUUUGGAUACUCGUACCCUUGGCAAAAUUACCUAAAGAUUGGAGAGGUUAAUCGGGAAUUGGCUGCAAUUAUUCUUGUUCUUGGAAGGUGCCUCCAAACCUCAAAAAAGCCCAUGGAAUUGCAAUCAUGGAGUGAAACAAUCCAAGUCAUUGAACCAUGUUUUGAAGCAAUUGGGUCAAAUAUUGUGUGGACUCUAAAGGAACUUGGAGAAAGCAUGAAACAAAUGAGGAAGAUUCAUGCUUCUCAAAUCUCAACUAAGUUAAAGGCAUCAAGAGCAGAGAUAAGCAUGGUGGUUAAGAUUACUAUUUCCACAUCCAAGAAGAUAUCAACAAUAAUGCUUAAUAAUAAUGAUGAGAAUAAUAAUUGUUAUGAUGAUGAUGAUGAUGUAUCACUUGCAAUUGCUAGCUUCUUGUUCUUGCUCAAGGAGGUUGUGAACAAGGUAGAGGAGUUGACCAAAGUGGUGGAACAACUUGGAGAUAUUGCUGGCUUUAUUGCACAUUCAACUCUAGUUACUUAG